AUGUGGAAAGUUACUUGCAAUGCAAGUCAGAUUGUAUACUCACCCAACCAGAAGGCAUUUGUAAGUUUAACCACUGAAGGCCAAGUACCUUUCAUUGCUGAGGAAUAUGCAGAUUUGACAGAGUUAAAAGCACUUGCAGAACUAAUUGGUCCCUAUGGAAUGAAGUACAUGUCUGAACGUCUGAUGAUUCAUGUGGCCAAUCAAGUUGAUGAACUUAAGAAACUGGUGAUUGCUAAUAAAGAUACUCUGCAACUCUUGCGUACAAGCUUUGACAAGCCGGACACCAUGAGGGAAUUGUUCCGCAAGCUACAAAAUGUUGACAAUGUUCUGAUCUUUUUAUGGUUGGAUCCUUUUUUUUUCUUUUCUCUAUUCUCCUUUUCUCUUUUUCUGCCUUAUUUUUUUUUUUCUCUUUCUUUUUUCUCUUUUUUUUUAUUUUUUCUCUUUUUUUUUUCUUUUUCUUUUGUUUCUCUUUUUCUUUUGUUUCUUUCUCUUUUUUCUUUCUUCUUUCUCUCUUUCUUCUUUCUUCUUUCUCUCUUUCUUCUUUCUCUCUUUCUUCUUUCUCUCUUUCUUCUUUCUCUCUUUCUUCUUUCUCUCUUUCUUCUUUCUCUCUUUCUUUUUCUCUCUCUCUUUUCUCUUCUCUCUUUUCUCUCUCUCUCUUUUCUCUCUCUCUCUUUUCUCUCUCUCUCUUUUCUCUCUCUUUUUCUCUCUCUCUCUUUUCUCUCUCUCUUUUUUUUUUCUCUCUCUUUUCUUUUCUCUCUCUUUUCUUUUCUCUCUCUUUUCUUUUCUCUCUCUUUUCUUUUCUCUCUCUUUUCUUUUCUCUCUCUUUUCUUUUCUCUCUUUUUCUCUCUUUUUCUCUUUCUUUUCUCUCUCUUUUUUUCUCUUUUCUCUCUUUUUUCUUUUCUCUCUUUUUUGCUUUUACUUAUGUUAAAUUUGUCUCUCUUUGAAUUUUAUAAACUCUAUCUUUUCCUUGGUCAUAAUAUUCUGUUAACACAACAUUUUACUCUGAUAGCCCCUUAUUCAAAUAUUCUGAAUUUACAAUGCAAAGUGUCAUUUGUCCCCCUGUAA